GUUUUUCCUCCCUCGACUUUCAGUUGGGAGUUUUUCUUCGUUUCCUCCGUAGCCACUAACGUACUUACAGCUUUAUAAAAGCACUGACGAUGUACUAUAGUGGUUCUGUAGCUUGUUUCCUUGUCCGAUGUAUUAGUUCCUUUGCUCUGUGUGGUUCUGUGUGGAUGCGUGACAAGAAUGCUAUAAAAAUACGCCGAAACGAACCGAAUCGAAAGCAGCCAAACUCCAGGAAAAGGUUUCCCUCCGGAAGCGCGGUGGCGGCAGGCGCGCACACAUACGGUCACGGAACGUACCGCGUUCCUACCGCGUCACCUGUGGCGUCUCUCCAUUGUCUCUUCAUGUUCCGACAGAGUCGCACUCGCUGUCCCUGCUGGCGACGCUCAUAUCCGGAGAGUCGCCGUUCCCAGAGUUCAGCAUGUUGCUCAAGGUCAACGACAUUCCCGUGGAAUACGGCGAUUCCGUCGUCAACGGGGCCGUUUCUCUGAGACACUGGUCGACGUACGACACUGGCGUCGAGCAGCCGGGGGUCAGACUCGCUACCGGGGAUCUCUACUAGACUCACGUGAAAAUGAAUUUACGUCGCCUGAUGAAGCACUUCAACCACACCCAAGGAAUCCGUGUUUAUCAGACACUGACCGCAUGCGAUGAGACCAAGUUUGUCAUUGUGGACGCCUACGACGGCGAGGAGGUGCGCAGCUACGACUUCCAGCAGCACACGUUCCACGCUCGUCUGCCUGAGAUCCUGUGGACGAAGGUGCAAAUGGAAGCGACUAAAGUGGCCUCUACAAACGUCUUCCAUCCUCUGUGCGUGAGGACCUUGAAGAGAUAUCUGCGCAUGGACAAGAACGUUCUCCUGAGGAAAGAGCGUCCCAGAGUGAGGGUCAUACGGAAGACAGAGCCGGACAGCGGAAGGACACGGGUGAGCUGCGUGGCCACCGGCUUCUAUCCCCGACGCGUCAACGUGACCCUGCUGAGGGACGACCGGCCCGUCCCAGACCGGGAGCUCACGGGAGGAGAGGUGCUGCCCAACGGAGACGGGACCUACCAGCUGAGAAGGAGUCUGAGUGUCAGUGAGGAGGAGCUGAGAGAGAGACACCGCUACACCUGUACUGUGUCGCACCUGAGUGUGGACAACAAGCUGGACGUCAACUGGGAAGCAGAAGCUCCUGCAGACACCGUGCUCGUCAGCGCAGUUCUCAUCGCUGUCCUGGGUCUCACUGCACUCAUCAUCAUCACAGCCACUGUCCUCUGGAGGAGGAGGAGACACGCUGGUCUCCAGAGUUGCUGUGGACCAGCUGCUGGUGUUCAGUACAGUGCAGCCCAGACGACUGCGGGAAGAGAUGCCUGUGGAUCCUGUGAUGUCAGCGUGAAGAACCUUCAGCAGAUGGACUGAAACUGAUAUGUGGGUAUCGGAAGUCUUUCUCCCUGGGUCUUCUCGGAGCUCCCUUGACCUCGGCAUCAUGCGUUCCCUCUCACCGGUGCGGUUCAUUUAAGAGCAAAGCGACGUUCUCAUGUUUACGCGAAAGUUCUCGGUCCCCGAAGCGUCUCCAAGAGCCAUCGGUGUCCUGUGUGCAUCGUGUGUGCUUUUCUUUCUAUUUUACUCACGGCCUCGUGUUACGCUUUCUUUCUAUUGUGCGAGAGUGUGACGUCCAGCUCUACAACGGCAAGGCUCGCAGCCCAAUAAUGUGCAGUACAGUCCCGUUCCAGUCUGGAAAACGUACGGCCUUCCACGCGUCUAGUGCUUUUACUCGUGAGAUCUUCGUGAAGCUGCAAUUAUAACUACGAGUUGAGUCCGAGUACGGACGUCCCUCGCGUAUCGAGCACGGUUUGUUCCGAAAAUGGGCUCGUAAGGUGAAUCUCAUCAAACUCAAGUGACAUCGGUUCAACUGGGAAAGUAAUUUCAUUCCUGAACCAGAAAAGUUACAUUUUUUUUUUUUCUGACACAACAUGAAAAAAUAAUUUCUUGUGUUUUAGACACUGAGAAAAUGAAUUCAAGUCCAAGUUUACUGUUGAACGGCACUUCUUGUCAUUUCUGGAAUCGUGUUCAUAACCCCUCUCUGCUGGACUGUCAGUAAAGUUGCCUUUGCGAUGAACAAAUGGCGACUCGCUAAGUUUUAACCGAUAGGUAAGACCUUCCUUUGCCUCUUCAGCUUCUUUUAGCACUUUUCUGUUGUUUUUAUUUUUGUGUUACAGCUCAU